AUGGGCUCCACACAUCGAGCGGAACCGGAAACCUUCCAAUGUCCGCCUGGUAGCGUCGACAUCAAACCGGCGGCGUGCCUCCAGUGUAGUCAACGGAAAACGAAAUGUGAUCGAGCAAGCCCUUGCACAGCCUGUAUACGAUCCGACCUGAGCUGCAGUGUGCCCGGCCCACGAGCUCCGCGUAAGGCGCGACGCAGGAAUCAUCACGAUAUCCACGACAGGCUCAUCAGGCUUGAAAAUCUUCUUCUUGGACUUCAGGAGAUUCCAACGCAACAUCAAGGUGGAACUGGUAUCGAUGGCGUCAAGUGCAUGAUGCGUGAGGGGCAUAGCCCAGAGUUUGGUACUAGUAAAUUGUGGCACAUUGCCUUUCAAAACGUUCAGUGCACUUCCAUUCGCAUCGAGUUCAAGUUCUAA